ACAGAGGAGUUCCUGGAAUUCCAUCCCAAAAAAGAGACAGAGAGAAAAAGAGAGAGGGGGACAGAGUUCCUGGGAUUCUUCUAAGGGAAGCUUGUGGGAUUCUCUGAUUCCCUUUGCUGGGGUCAGAGGAUCAUAUCAUCUCUUCCCUCCCAUUCAAUUCCAAUUACUUUCUUCUUCUGCUGAAAAAAAGAUAAGGAAUAGAAAGCUUAAGCAGAGUAUUCAAAUUUCCAUGGGCUUGAGCUACCAUUGAUACAAAGAAGAAGAAAUCUCAAAUGGGUGUUUCUCAAAAGGAGGGGAAAAUGGAAGGUUGGUUGUAUCUCAUUCGGUCCAACCGGUUGGGAUUGCAGAACUCGCGGAAACGAUAUUUCAUUCUUGACGACAACCGACUCGAUUGCUACAAGAUGGCGACUGUAUCGAAGAAAGAGGAUCCUAUAAGAAGUGUGGAAAUUGAUUCAUUUAUGCGUGUUACUGACGAUGGAAGAGAGACCAUUCAUAGGAAGGAAUUCUUCAUAUUUACACUCUAUAAUGCUUCUAAUCACAAUGAUCGGAUUAAGUUGGGAGCCACAAGUUCAGAAGAAGCAGCAAAAUGGAUCCGCUCCUUCAACGAAGCUGCAUUAAAGGAAUGUGCAGAUCAACAAGACAAUAUUUUGGCUUGUUCCAAAAGGAAAUGGCACUCUUUGAGGUUGAGCCGUGGCAAACGAUCGAGUCGUUUGAACUCCCUAGAUUUAGUGGACUGGACUGUUUGCUCAUCUGGGCAUGCCAAUCCAAUUACUGCUGACGUUCUUGCACCUUCUCCUUGGGCAAUAUUCGGCUGUCAAAAUGGUUUACGGCUAUUUAAAGAGGCAAAGGAUGGAGAUUUCCACGGAAAGGAUUGGGAUGACCAUCCAGCUAUAAUGGCAGUAGGUGUGGUUGAUGCAACUUCAGAGGCCAUCUUCCAGACCAUUAUGUCUCUUGGCCCUUCAAGAUCAGAAUGGGACUUCUGCUUUUCUCGCGGUAGUCUGGUCGAACAUCUCGAUGGUCAUACUGAUAUCAUUCAUAAGCAGUUGAACAGCGAUUGGAUGCCUUGGGGAAUGGCCCGAAGAGAUUUACUUCUGCGACGGUAUUGGAGGAGGGAAGAUGAUGGAACAUACGUAAUUCUUUACCAUUCUGUAUACCACAAGAAAUGUCGACCUCGGACUGGCUAUAUCCGAGCAUGCCUUAAAAGUGGAGGUUAUGUAAUAUCACCAGUGAGCCAAGGGAAACAAUCAGUUGUCAAGCACAUGCUUGCAAUCGACUGGAAAUUUUGGAAGUCUUAUGUAUUGAGUUCAUCCGCGAAAUCUACAACCAUUCGAAUGCUAGGAAGAAUUGCAGCGCUGAGAGAAUUCUUCAAGGCCAAACUAGGAAACUACCCAUGCUCCAAUUUCUCAUCAGGUGAAUUGACUAAAGAGAUUGAGUUGCCACAGAGCGAAAAAGAGCAAAUCAAGGUCGAAGUUCAACCGAUGGCAGAGAGCCCAAAGAGUGAGGUUUUAACAGAAGAGGAGGUGCAAAAAUCACCCACGAAGGUGGCAAGGCUGAGUGGACCAUUUCUUCAACUUAGCGACGCGGCUGAUGAAUUCUUCGAUGUUGCAUCAGAGAACGACCAAUCAGAUGAUUCAUGGUCUUCUGAUACAGGACAAGAAAUGCAAUCUCAGGAUCCAUGCUAUCCCAAGCUACCAACAGCUUCAGAUAUUGUGAAAAAAUUGCACGACCUAGCAGCCCAGAAGAGGGGUCAAAUGGAUUUGCAAGAGGCAGAAGUGGAAGAUAGCAUGUCAUGCAGCUAUGGAACCACUCUUUCAAAGGACCCAAGUUGUACUUCUGCUUGCUCUUGGAUGACAGCGGAUCCGUCCACAUUUCUCAUCCGAGGCAAAAAUUAUCUAAGAGACAAUCAAAAGGUCAAGGCAAACGGUACCUUGAUGCAAAUGGUUGCUGCGGAUUGGCUAAGAUCUGAUAAGAGAGAAGAUAAUCUUGGUGGCCGUCCUGGGAGCAUUGUUCAGAAAUAUGCAGCACAGGGUGGCAAUGAGUUUUUCUUUGUUGUUAACAUCCAGGUUCCGGGCGUGACUGCAUAUAAUCUUGCACUAUAUUAUAUGUUGGAUGCCCCCAUCGAAAGCAUCCCCUUGUUAGAUAACUUCGUAAAAGGAGAUGAUGCCUUUCGGAAUUCAAGGUUCAAGCUCAUACCAUACAUUUCACAGGGAUCUUGGAUUGUGAAGCAAAGUGUUGGAAAGAAAGCAUGCUUGGUGGGUCAAGCUCUGGAACUAAAUUAUAUCCACGGGACGAACUACUUGGAGGUUGGGAUUGAUGUGGGCUCAUCGACAGUGGCAAGAGGUGUCGUCAGUCUAGUCCUUGGAUACCUGACUAAUCUUGUGAUAGAAUUGGCAUUUGUGGUUCAAGCUAACACCCAAGAGGAGCUCCCAGAAUGUCUACUUGGAACGUGCCGCCUUAAUCACUUGGAUGCCUCAGAAGCAUUUCUGGUGAAGCAGUGACUGCUUGGGUAGUCUCAUGUUGCAAUUUUUUUUUUCUUCUGGGCACCAUGAAGUCAAGAUGCUUUCAUUGCGUACGAAGCAAUGGUGACGGAACUCGAUAUGUAUGUAGUCAAUU